AUGGCGUCCUCCCCAGCCACUGCAUCCCGAUCCGAUCUCGCCAAAACCGCCAGUCGCUACCGGACUUUCGCAGCCAUCCUCUCCUGGCUCGACCGUUACCUAUCGUGGCCACUGCCACCGCAACCUUUAUUCGAGUUGUUCAUCCCGUCCACCGUUAGUCGCAUCCCUGGCUCCAUCCCACUUUACUUCUUCACCGCAUCCAACCGGCCGCUCUACCGAGUCGACGAAGAACAGCCCGAACCCUUACGUCCCGUUCUCAUCAACUUUCACGGCGGCGGAUUCUCCAUCGGCCACGCCCUAGACGAUGCCCGUUGGAUUGGCGCCGUGCUCAAAGCUCACCCUGACGCUGUCGUCAUCAGCGUCGACUACCGUCUCGCCCCGGAGCACCCAUUCCCCGUACCAAUUGAAGACGGGGUCGACGCCGUGAUGUGGCUGUGGGAACAUGCGGCUCAGUACAGCCUGGACCGAGCGCGCUUCGCGCUCAGUGGCGCCAGCGCCGGCGGUAACCUGGCCUUCACUGUGCCGCUGCGCCUGCAUGAAGAGCUGACCAACCGCGCACAGCGGCAAGGCAAGGCGGUCGCCAUCGGACUGGCCGGUAUCGUCGCAUUCUAUCCGAGCACAGACUGGUCGCGGACACGCAGCGAGCGUGACGCGACAAAUCCGAUCGCGCCGCAGAAGAGCAUGAUCUCACCGAGCUUGUACGCCUUCUUCGAUGAGUCGUAUCUACUGCCCAAGGCCCUGCCCAAGAAGCCCGGCUCCGAGGAGAUCGAUAUGGCGCAUCCGUAUCUAUCGCCGGGCCUAGCGACGGCGUGUCUGCUAGAAGCCUCGUGUCCGGCGAAUGUGGCAAUAUACACGUGUGGCUGGGACCAACUCCUCGCAGAGGGGAAUGCGUUCCGGGAACGGCUGCGCCAGCUGCGGGGCGGGGAGGACGAGGAGGGCGGUGGCCAUGUCGGCGGUAUGACUAUGGAGGGGACGAUUCAUGGAUUCGACAAGAAGCCGUCGUUUUGUCUGGGCAAUCGGAAGCGAGACCAGAUGUAUGGCGAUGCGGUUGCGCAGCUAGACAUUAUGUGGAGGGAGGGGGCGCUGUUGUCGUCCCAUUCCUCCUCUCGUUCAGAAUAG